AUGUAUGUUCUGCAGAUGUUCUUCUGCUUGGUCGAAUUCAAACUAGCAAUACAGGAGUCACGCAAGCGCACCACAAUCUCACUUAACAAAAGCAAGUUUGGAGCUUUCGUGGCUUUUUUCACUUUCCGAGCCCGAGCCGCACAGCCAUGGCCAUGCUGGCGGGGGUGGGGGGCGGGGCGACCCGCCCCCUGCCUCUUCGAGAGCCCCGUGACCACCCCGUGCGGCCACAACUUCUGCGCCGCCUGCCUGGACAUCACCUGGGCCGGCCUGCGGGACACGUUCAGCUGCCCGCAGUGCCGCUGCCCCUUCGCCUCCAAGCCCGAGCUGCGCAAGAACACGGUGCUGUGCCGGGUGGUGGAGCAGCUGCAGGUGGGCACCGAUGCCCCCGAGGGUGGCGAGCCCGAGGGCAAGAAGGGCUGGGAGCCGGAGGGCAAGAAGGGCGGCGAGCUGGGCCCCUCGCAGGUGGCUUGCGACAGCUGCCCGGAGGCGGUGGCCGCUGUUCAGACCUGCCUCACCUGCAUUCCCUCCUUCUGCGCCGAGCACCUGCGCCCGCACCACGACAGCCUGGCCUUCCGCGUGCAUGAGCUGAGCGCCCCGGUGCGUGACCUGCAGCAGAAGCUGUGCCGGGACCACCACAAGCUGCUGGACUUCUACUGCCCCGAGCACCAGAGCUGCAUCUGCUGCAUCUGCCUGGUGGGCCACAAGGCCUGUUCAGCCAGCUCCCUGCCCGAGGCCAAAGCGCAGAAGGAGUUGCAACUGAAGAAGAGGCUGACAGAGCUGAGAAAUCAGAAUGACAAAGCUUCUAUGGCAAUGAACGAAAUAAAGAUACGGGAGAGAAAAGUCACUGAAGCAGCUGCCCAUAACAAGGAUUUGCUGAGAAAUGAGUUCUUGGAAGUAAAAGUUUUAAUUGAAGAACAAGAAAGCCAGUCAGUAAAGAAGCUUGAAGAGGAGGAGAAGAGAGUCCGUGAUAAGUUUGAUUACAUCCAUAAGGUUCUGGGAAAGAAGAAAAGUGAAAUUCAGUCCCUCAAAGACAAGCUCGAGAAUACACUGGCUGUAAGUGAUGACAUCGCAUUCCUAGAGAAAGCAGCUAAAUUGCAACUACCCCCAACAAAAGAUGUAUUCGUCCCCAGAAUUGACCUAGAUUCAAAUGUAAUGCAUUCUGUCUACCAAAGUGCCACUUUGCUUAAAGAAACCCUGAAAAAGUCAGUGUCUCAGCCUGAGGAGCAGAGAAUGGAAGCAAGCGGACCACCCAGACCACUUAUAGUAGAAAUGAGACACCCACAGUGGAAACCCAAGCCCUUUUGUCUUGUGAAUGUGCCACUAAUUUCUCCAAUCAAACCCAUGGUACCCAGUAAAAAGCCUGUUGGAACGCAGGCUCCCAAAGGAGUUAAAACCCCUCAGCAGCUUCCGCAGGAGUCAAAUGUGGCUGCAGAUGGCAAGAAGAUAAAACCCAGCAAAUCUGUACCAAACCUGGCAAGUCCAGACCCUGACACAUCUAUCGAAAGCUUCCUAAAGAAAUCUAGAGAGGAGCUUCUGCACUAUGCUACAAAAGUCACGCUGGAUUUCAACACGGCUCAUAACAAAGUGCUUUUAUUAGAGAAAAACACGAAAAUAUCUGUCUCUGAAACCCCCCAGAAUUAUAGCUCACACCCUCAACGCUUCUCGUACUGUUCCCAAGUGCUGGGCUUCCAGUGUUUCAAGAGGGGCAUCUAUUACUGGGAAGUGGAACUGCAGCGUAACAACUUCUGUGGCAUCGGCAUCUGCUACGGGAGCAUGGACAGGCAAGGGGCAGACAGCCGCCUGGGGAGAAAUCGCAGCUCCUGGUGCAUUGAGUGGUUUAAUGCAAAAAUUUCAGCCUGGCAUAAUGAUAAUGAAAAAAGCCUGCCCAACACCAAGGCUACCAAGAUAGGUGUGCUGCUCAACUGGGAUGCAGGCUUUGUGCUUUUCCUGGCUGUUGGUGAGAAAGUUAACUUAAUCUACAAAUUCAAAGCAGAGUUUACUGAAGCGCUGUAUCCUGCUUUCUGGGUGUUUUCCAGUGGCACUACACUCUCAAUUUGCCCACUGAAGUAACAGCGUGCUGUGCCCCGGAGCUGUUUCUUCAUGGUGUAGCCUGCAACCCAUCUAUGUUGCAAAGCUUUCUUUCUGUGCUUAUAACUUUCUCAUGUAUUCAAAUGAUGGGGUAUUAUCUUUUUCGCUUGCUGGGUGGCUUAAUGAUUAUCCAAAACCAUCUCGCAAUUCUGUGAGGCAGAAACUGGGUAGAGACUCUAGACCUGCAGGCUGGACUUAGUGCAUUAGUUUGACAUUUAUGCACCAGAAAGGGAGGGAAGCUUCUGCUUGUCUGUAAAUGUAAAAGAAUAAGAGUAUGCUUCAGGGUGGGUGCUUCCUUGCUUAAAACUAAUUUCAGGUCCCUGGUCUUUAAAGCAAUUGCCUAAAUACUUUGGGGCAAGGGAAAACUGCAUGCUUUUGUCUUUGCUGUGAUAAGGGGAAAGAUGGCUUCUAACACACACACACACACACACACACGGUCUCAGACCAAGCAGUGCCAAUGUUUGGUCCCCUGUUUGGGUGAGGGUUCAUAGCCUGCAGUUUGGUACUUGGCCUCCUGCCCCUCCAGACUGAAUUUCUAAAUCUUUUAAGCAAAAUAGACACAGUGCUGCAGUCAGUGAACAUCUUUGAAGUGUUUCCUCACUGUUGGUGCAUAACAAAGGCUGUUGCAACAACACUGCUCAAAGGAUCCUGACUCUUUUUUCAAGGAAAUGAUAAUUGUAAAAGAUAAUUUCAAGGAAUGAUGAUUGUAAGGCAUGUCAUCAAAUAGCCUUGUCAUGGCCAAACCCUGGUGUCAGCGAAAGACUCUGGUGGGAGUUGGAUUCUAUCCCAAAUGUGUUGCAUGGCUAAUGUUAAACCCUCGGCUUUAUCGGGAGAGAGGCGAUAAGAAUUCAGCCUGGAAACCCACCAACUUGCUCUGCAUUUCCUUCAUCCUGUCUCUAGACUUUAGCGGAAGAAUUUUUACCGUUAGCUUUCCUGUUGCUUGGAUGGUUGUCUAUAAGCAAGAGAUCAGCUUCACAUGGGAAGUGUGGACUUCAGAAACGACAUAAGUCUGUGAGAGGCAGGAUUUGAAUGACUUCUGCGCGUGGUUAGUUGUAGACACUUGUAGAUCGGGUCUGAACUGAGUCAGAAAUACAAAAGUUUAUCUCUGAAUGGUAAAAAGCCAAUAUGAUAACCUAUAAAAACCUGACCAACUUGAAAAAGAAACCGAGAACCACAUGUGAAAGCUUAGCAUCUCUAGGAAGAAAAUGUGCAGAAAUUCCUCUGGAUUACCUAGGGUGAAGAAGUUAUGCAAGUGAUUUUUUUCAAAGAAAGUUUUGAUGGGAUGAAACAGCACAUAGUUUUAGCACUUUCCAGGGUUUAAAGCGCUCAGAAUGGAGAUCAGUUCCUGAAGUACGUAGCUCCUGAAGUAGAGAGAUGGAGGUGCUUUUUAACAUCACAGUUUAAUUAAAACCCUACUGAAAGGAACGAAACUUGGAAAAAAACUCAUGUCUGGUUUGCCUAGCUGGCAUGCCUCUUGGAAUGAAGCACUGUGGUUGAUGGUGCAUUUUCCAUCAGCACACCAUGACAUUGAAAUUUUGUAUUAUUUUACGUGUUGGGGAGCUAUGGGUAGGAGUAGAGAGGACCUGUGUAGUAGCAUUGCUCAUAGCAGGGGCUGUCCUAAGUUUCUCUUUUCUUGAAACACAGCAUUCCCUGAAUACCAAGAUUUUUAUGUGCCUCUGGCCAUGAUACUAAGAUCGCUGCGUGACUUCCAAAAACCUAAGCACUGCCUUAGUGCACACUUCGAAGCAUCUUUUGAAGUGACAUUUCCUCUUUGCCUUUAUAUCUGCGCAUAGAUUAGUGAAUCUUCUGAGCUAGAAAUGUGCAGGAAAGGGAAAGGUGGGAGAAUAGGUUUUUCAUUCUCAUCAUGCCACAACUUCACUUUGCUUUUUGUGGUAUCAUAGAAUAGCAGCUGGUCUGACUCCAUUCAGCAUGAUGUGAUGCUUGGGAGACCUUUGCUGCUUUUCAUACCUAAAAACCUGGAGCUGGGAAAACAGCCAGUGGACACAGCUGUAGGCCUGAGACCUAAAUGUCUUGUGCCUGUAACUAGGAGUCAGCCAGAGGCUUGUCUUGCUGAAUCUCCUUGCGGAGGCCAGCAGUUGCUGAGAUGAAUGGCUCAAACUUUGUUGACUGGUAAAGCUCUCCCCUGUGGAACUUUGUAUGCUCUGUGAAUUAUAAUGCAAAGCCACUGCAGACAUUGCAAGCAUAUGUUUCAUAGAUUUCAUAGACGUUAGGGCUGGAAGGGACCAUGCAAUGUUCAUGGAGGGUGAAUUUCCUGAAGGUUCACUGGACUCCCGGUGGCAGCAUUUUACAUGAGCUGAAGUUCCUGGAGAGCCUUAGACAAUGCAAAGCACUGCAGCAGCUCAGACUUGAUUUCUAACAGUGAGUAAACUGCCAAGUCAGAGUUCAGAGAUGAAGCAAGUCAAAAGAUACAGUGAGAUUAUUUUGGACCAAAGGGAUUUAGUUAGAUGCCGUGCUGCACUCAUAGUGUUCUCCAUGCAUUGCAGAGCGUUUGCUGGAAUACCUAUGAUAUCAAAGUAUGCAAUAGGCCAGCACCGUUUCCGAAAUGUGUUCAGCCCUAAAGAUCCCCGUGAUUCAGUUCAGCACUGAAAUAGCCAAGAGAUCAGGAAGAAUGAUGCUGAGCUGGUCAGAAAGACGGGAACUGGUUGUCACUGCACAACAUGUCAGAAGCAGGAACAAAAACAGCACAAACGUGAACACAAUCAAAGAAUGAGGAAACGGAAAGGCAUAGCUGGAUAAAAACAGAAGCCAGUUAAUCAACUAGAUAACAACCGAGCUUUACUGUGGUGUCCAGCAUGACUACCCAGAAGGAAAAAGUUGCAGUGAUGGCACCGUGGAGGGUUGAGUGGACCAUUCAGCCCACGCAAUAGGGAGAAUCACUGGAGAAUAGGAGUGACUCUCUUGCAAGUGCUGGAUUCCUGCACUUUUCCAAUGAGGUGAGUUCAACAUCGCCAUCCCAGUAUUCAGGACUUCUAGGGUGAGUUCUGUCUAAUGCUCGAUGAUCUUAGGACAUUCCCUAUAAGAAAGGGGCAACAGAUAUUACUUAUAGAAUCAUAGAAGUCGGGUCGGAAGGGACCUUGUAGAUCUUCAAGUCCGACCCCCUGCCUGGGCAGGAGGAAAACUGGGCUCAAGUGACCCCAGCCAGGUAGGCAUCGAGCUGCUUC